AUGAGCGAUCGUAUGAUGGCGACAACGUCAAAUCUGUUAAAACAAAAUCUGUACACAAUUUUCACACUUGUUAAACACUCGGACAACACAAAAGCCCCCAGAAUAAUUAUCUACGAACGUCACAGUGAAAUCCUUGUGGCGACAUUUUCGUGCACUGUAUCUUGCGAGUAUAGAAUUCACACGCGCGUGGUGGGUUCAAGAUGUUAUGGGCACAUCAGCUCGCGUUGCUGGGCGGUGGAGUACUGCACGCGUCGCUUGCAGUGUGUCCUCCCGAAGUUUGCCAUGCGCGAUGUCAUUCUAGAUCUCGCUUGUUUCAUGGUCAAUGUUAACUUUGUCGUGCUCGUUCUAUAUCUAGAACGGGCCUUAGUUGAGUUCAUUGUGAGUGAGGUUAAAAAAGGAUUACACACUGUUCUAUCUUUAAUCGUGCUAGCUUAA